AUGGCUCGAAAACGAUCUGAUAAUAAAAAAUGGAAAUCAAGACCAUCGCAGAAGAAAACUCAAGCUAAUAGAAACCGUAAACCGUCAAAAAUCCGUAAAAAUAACGCAAAAUUAUCUAGUGCAACGAAACCGUCUCGACAGAAAAGAAAAGCAAAAAGUAGUCAAGAAGUUUCUUCAAUUUCAUUAGUACAUCUUAAUGAAAACAUAACUGAAGAAGUUUUUGAUACACAAAUACAUAAUUUUCUCAGUGAAAGAUAUUUAUCUGAAAUUCGACAACCGUGGUAUUCUUGUAAAUGUUGUACUUGCGAACAUCCAUUAUGUAACAUGCGAACAGCAAAGAAAGAACAUGAAAAAUAUCAUGAUUGUUUUGUUGGUGAUACAAUUUGUUCAUUUUGUUAUGAUUUUAUUCCAAAAGAUGAUAUACCUUUAUGUCCACAUUCUCGUUUUCGAAAUAUGAUGGAAAUUCCCGUAACACCAAUGUGUUUAAAAUUAGGCUUUCUCGAACAGAGAGCUAUAGCACUUAUGCAUUGUUAUAUUAGUAUAUUAAUCAUUCGUGGUCAUCAAUCAGCAAUGAAAGGACAAGUAGUACAUUGUCAAGUUGAUGUUGCUGAUAAUAUAGGCGAUCUUUUACCAUUGCCAAAAUGCUAUGAAUUUAUGGCAGUUAUUCAACAGAAACCGAUGAAUGAAAAUGGUGAAAUAAAAUCAACAGUUAGAUAUUCUGUUAGUGCCAUUCAAAUUCUUCGUGCCAUUCAAUAUCUUAUCCAACAUCACAUCGGAUAUAUGAACAAACAAGUUCUUUCUUUAGAAAAAAUUGAAGAGAUGUUUCAAUGUCGUAAAGAAAAUAUUGCUCCGAUUCGAAUUAUUGAUUCAUAUGCCUAUAAUAAUUCUACAACAUCUGCUCCGAUUAUUCUUGAUGUUGAUGAAGCUGUUUUUGGUCCUAGUCGUACUCUCAAACCAGGUGAAGAUCCUAUUUGGACAAUUCAGCCUGGAAUGGAAGAGUGUACUUUUCCAUGGAUUUAUCCAACUGGCGAAGGAGGAGAACUUGAUGCUAAACGACCUAUUCCACUCAAACUUCGUGAUUAUUCUAUUGGAAAAGCUGUACGAGGUACAGCUGCAUUCUGGUCGAUCCCUAGAAAAAUUCUACGUUCAAUGUAUGCAACAUUAUCCAAACCUAAUAUUUUUUUGGGUAUCAACUUACAAGAUGAUGUAGAAUUUUUGACUCAUAUUGAUCCAAGUCGAUUUGGUAAUGUAAAUAAUCCAAACUAUGAUGCGAUUGACUCUUUAGCUGAUGAUGAUUAUUUGCAACUUGUUAACGAAAAUAGUGCACUAGUAGCACGAAUGUGUCAUCGCCAAAUGCUUGCAUUUGAAAAAUUUAUUAGUGAUAAGAAGCAUCCUUUUUCCAUUGAUUAUAUCGUUACAAAUUAUUUCUUCAAAAUUGAAUUCCAACGUGGUGGUCUUCCUCAUCUUCAUACGUUACUUUGGCUUGAUAACUUUCCUUCUAUUGAUACAUUAGAAGGACGAAAAAGUGUUAUUGAAUUUAUCGAUAAAUUUCUGACUACAUGCUUACCAGAUAAACAAAUAGAUCCCGAAGGUAGUAGUAAAGUUCGUAUACGUCGAGGACGCAAAUUUAAAGAUGAAGAAACACGAAAUAGUAUCAAAGAAUCUCAAAUAAAAGAUAUUAAUAAAAAUUAUUUACAUGAAAAUGAAAUAUAUGAACAAGUUGAUCCAAAUGAUGAUCCUGAUCUUUUACAAUUAGCAAAAGAAAAAAAGGAAUUUUUUGAACGGUUGGGAUGUCGUUUUGGAAGCCCUUUUGAAUUGGCUAAUGAAACACAUUUUCGAACAUACAAAGAAGCUCGCAUAUUGACAAGGGGUGAUCGAGAUAUUAUUGUAAAAAGAUUAAGUGAAGAAUCUAGACGAAUAAUUCCCUACAACCUACACUUUUUGAAAACAUUUCGUUGCAAUCAUGAUAUUCAAGUUAUUACCGAUCCAUGGGCAUCGGCAGAAUAUUUAUUUUCUUAUGUAUCAAAAGAUGCCCAUAUGGAAAAAAAUUUAGUGUAUCAAAUGUCAAAUUGUACUUGUUCGAGCCUUACGGAAGCCAAAGCUGUUCUUCUAAAAACAGGUAAUGCAAUACUGUCUCAUCGCCAAGUUGGUAAAGUUGAAGCAUCAUGGGCAGUACUAGGCAUUCCUUUGUAUCAUUCAUCAAUGAGAUGUAAAAGUUUAUAUAUUUCUUUACCAUGGGAAGAAGAAAGAAUACUCAAACGUGGACGAACUCAGAUCAGUAGUGUAGAUGACUUUGUUGAGUCACUUACGCAUAGAUAUGUGAAACGACCAUUUACUCCUUCUGUAAUUGAUCACAUGACUCUGUUUGAAUUCUUAACUUGGUUUGAUUGUGAUCGAUCUUCUUCAAUGGAAUUACAAGAAAUAUUACAAGAACCACUCGUUGAAAAUCCUCUUUGGCGUACUGAAUUUAAUCAACCACCAUUACUUAAAACUUCGACUUUUCUUCCUCGGAUCAUUUUAUCAUCUGGUUCAGUAUUGAUUCAACACAAAGAACCAGCAUGUAUUAGUUUUACUUGUCGUUAUGAUGAUUCGAUGUUGGCUAUGUAUUCAAUGCUUUCUAUUGGAAUACCAUAUCGAGACCCAAUUGAAGAAUUUCUGGGUGGUAAAUUAGAAAAUGAUUUAAACACUAUCCAUCAAUUAUUGCUGAAAAGUAAACGUGAUAUAUUACAACGAUUUUCUAUAUUACCUGGAGCCUACAAAAUACAAAUGAUCAAUGCAGUUGAACAUUUAUGUGACUUAAAUGCUCAUGAUUUUGUUAUUAAACCAAGAACAUCAUUUAUAUUUACAACUGAAGAUGAAGAAGACGUAGACAAUGAAACAAUCAACAAUAUAGAACAAACGAAUGAUAGUAACAUUACCAACAAUAUUAAAGAUUCCUAUAAACGUGCUUUCUCUGAAAACAUUGAUGAAGAUAACGAAGAACUCUUGCAUGGCAAUAAAGAUAUGACAAUCGAUUGCCCUUCCAGUCGUACUGAAGAGUUGUUAUUAUCAGCCAAUACACAACAGCUUUUUUUGGCAAAUUUUUUCAGACAAUAUCUUGUAGCAUUGCUGCGAUAUGAAGAUAGUCGAUAUCGCUCUCAACAAAUCUCAAAACCGUUACCUUUUCAUAUAAUUGUUAAUGGUUUGGCUGGCUCUGGAAAAUCCUAUGUUAUCUCUAUUAUUGAACAGAUGUUAACCGAUUUUUGUAUUAGUGAAUCAGCUACUCGAAAUCGUCCACGUAGAGCAAAAGGAUUACUUAAAAUGGCUCAUACUGGUAAAGCUGCUUUAAAUAUUCAUGGUUGGACUAUCCAUACUGCUCUAGGCAUGCGUCCCGACAACACAUCUACACCGCAUCAUGCUCCAUCCUUUAAAAUACAUUCGAUUCGAAAAAGACUUGGUGAUUUAAUAUUAAUAAUCAUCGAUGAAAUUUCACUCGUCUCCUACAAUCUAUUUCAAAAAGUAAACAAGCGACUAAACCAAAUAUUUGAAGUAGCCAACAAAAGUGACGUCUAUUUUGGAAACAUUCCUGUUGUAUUAUUUGGCGAUUUAGCACAAUGUGAACCGGUUGCUGCCAAACAAAUUUUUUGGCGCCCUUCUGGUGAAACUUUCUCACUUUGGUCUGAUUUAUUUAGACCAAUCAACUUCAAUAUCAAUAUGCGACAAGGUGAAGAUAGAGAGUUCUUCGAUAUUCUCUGUCGAAUGAGAUUAGGUAUACCAUUCUUUACUGCUAGCAUACCUGAUAGUAAAAUCUUUUCAGGUGAAUACAAUGAAGAGGAUGAAAUGAAGAUAAAAAGUAGAAGUAUUCGAAAAGAAGAUAACCCACUAUACUACAAAGAAAGAUUAGCAGAAUUACAGUCAACAGCAUUUGAAAAUGCCAUAUAUGCAUUCAGUGUAAGAACCAAAACAAAUGACAGAAAUUCUAUAAAACUUCGACAAACAGCAAUGAAACGAAAAACUCCAAUAUGGAUUAUUCAAUCCAUUGACAAAGUUGGCAUGGCUCGAUCAUUAUUUUUUAGUCCAGUACAAGCAAGUAAAAAAGGAUGCAAAAUCGAUUUAAAACCUUCUGAUGACGAAAACGAGUGUGCAUCUAUGUUUGAGCAAUUACCUAUAUGUAUUGGUGCACGUGUAAUAUGUCGACGUAACAUUGAUUUUGAUGGAGAAAUGGUUAACGGAACUGAAGCAAUCAUAAAAGAUGUAGUAUGGGAUAAAGACGAUGAUAUUAUCUUACCAAUGUCAAAUCGAUGUGUUUUUCCAAAUUUAAACCGAGCAUUAACUGUGAAAUUACCAAAAUAUAUUGAACUCGAAUUAGAUAAUGGUUCUAUAUAUAAAAUGACUGCAGAAGAAGUUAGUUUCAAAGAUCAAAAUGGAAUAUGGAUGACAAGAAAACAAUAUCCACUCAGUUUAGGCUAUGCAAUAACAGUUCACCGAUCCCAAUGCAUGACUUAUAAUAAGCUAGUUGUCGAUUUAACUGGUAUAAACUGGAAACCUGCAUUUCUCAUUCAACAAGACUAUCAUUAUUAUUGUCUUCGUAGUUUUCGAUCUAGUAAAGAUUAUUUCUUUAAAAUUGAUUCUAAACAUUCAACGUACCAUGAACCUAUUCGUCGUGAACGGUUAUUCGAAUAUCUUGCAGAACUUGUUGACUCAAAUUGCGCUAUCUUUAUCAUCAUGCAAGAUAGAAUACAAAAUAUUAAUCAACAAAUUACUAUUGAUAAUAUUCAAAAAGCAUUAUGGCCUUUACCAGAUGCUCCUGCUGAUUUUGAACUUUUGCUCGGACUUAAUCAAUUAGAUAUAUGA